GAAGUAUCAGUUCUACUGUUGCUGCCUGAACUCUCCAUCAGCCAGCUGUUGCACUUACUGGAGUCUGUGUCAACGAACUGGGUGUGAGAGAUGUCUGUCACUGGGGUCAGAGUAAAGGGAGGGACUGUGGUCACCGUGGUGUCCAACAUGAAGAGCAUGUUUCCACCUCUGUGUCAGAUCCUCAAGACUCUUUGCUACAGUCCAAUGUGCUGCUCAGAGUACAAAGGGCUGAUGCAGCCCAGUGUAACUGCAGCUCUUGGGACCAUACAGAUCAUGGUGGGCAUCUUCAACAUCGGGCCAGGAUGUGCAAACAGAAAUCUUGGCAUUUUGACCAGCUGGGGAGAUGCUUACUUUCUGGGUGCUAUGUUCAUUGCAGCUGGAAUCAUGUCCAUUCUUGCUGGCCAGUACCCCUCUCUUUGCUUGGUGGGCUUCACAGUGCUCAUUAACCUGCUCGGAUCUGCCUUUGCCAUGGUUGGCAUUGUGCUGUAUGGUAUGGACCUGGGGGAUGUCUCUGUCACCAGGAUGUGUGACAAUAGGCACAAUUAUUAUGACGACUGCAGAUAUGUGCGUUUGUUGAUGGCUGUGGACAUUACUCUGAUCGUUCUGGCUGUUCUUCAGCUGUGUGUCAGCAUUAGCGUCGCUUUUCUGGGCAUGAGGGCUCUCGACAGUUUUGGGAAGGAAAAGGGUGGCAAAGAUGCUGACUUUUACCAACCAGCGCUGAAGGAAGAAGUCUUCAUGAUCAGUCCUCGUGUUUAAAAUCAAUUCAUCCAAACAUAUGGAUGCAUGAAUAUGAAUACACAACCUGUUUUUAUAAUGCUUUUUUAAAACUUUCAUUUACAUGUAUCAAUUUGAAAUAUUCAAAGCUACUUCACAGAGACGCCGCUAUUUUAUGCUAAACUGGAAAUUUUGGAUCAGCUGUUUCUGUCAGCUUGUGAGUGAUGUUUUACAGUAAAUGUGCUUGAAUAAAGAGUGAUGAAGAUGA